GAGGGACUAGCCCUGCGAGGUUCCUUCUCUCUGAUCCCUGCCGUUACCCAGGUUUGCAAUGAUGGUAAAAGAGGAUAUUGUAAAUGACAAUGAAGAUUCUGAGCCAUCAGUAUGUGAGAGAAAUGGCAUGAUUCCCAUGCAUGAGAAAAGCGAGGAAGGACCAACAGUAGAUGCCAAAGGUACUGAUGGGAAUAUACAAACAGAAGAAACUGCUCUCUUGAAUCAUUCUGCUCAGCAACCUCCAGAACCAACCGCGGGGUCUUCAGUGCCGGCAAGAACUUGGAGGCGAAUAUUUAUGUGUCCUCCUCAGGGUUUACUGGCCCGAACAGUGACAAAUGUUGCAAUUGUGGUCCUGGUUUGGGCUGUGGUUUGGUCCAUCACUGGGACUGAGUGUCUCCCAGGUGGAAACCUGUUUGGAAUUCUGUUUCUUUAUUUUUUUGCUGUCAUUGGAGGUAAAAUUUUUGGACUCAUUAAAAUACGAACACUACCCCCUCUCCCUGCUCUUCUCGGAAUGCUACUUGCUGGUUUCCUAAUCCGAAAUACCCCAUUCAUUAGUGACAUCGUCCAGAUAAACCUCCGCUGGUCUGCAGCACUGAGGAACAUUGCUCUUUCAAUUAUCUUGACCCGAGCAGGACUUGGCCUGGAUCCAAAGGCUCUUAAGAAACUCAAAGCAGUCUGUUUACGGCUUUCUUUCGGACCAUGCAUCUCAGAAACAUGCACAGCUGCUGUUCUUGCCUACUUGUUCAUGCAUUUGCCAUGGCAGUGGGGAUUUAUAUUGGGUUUUGUUCUAGGUGCGGUCUCCCCUGCUGUGGUGGUUCCCUCAAUGCUGAUUUUACAAGCUGGGGGAUAUGGGGUGGAGAAAGGUGUCCCAACUUUGCUAAUGGCAGCUGGCAGUAUCGAUGACAUUCUGGCUAUUACAGGCUUCAACACUUGCCUUGGGAUGGCUUUCUCUUCCGGUUCUACUCUGUACAAUGUGCUCCGUGGAGUGCUGGAGGUUGCUGUUGGCAUAGCAGCUGGGGGGAUUCUGGGAAUGUUUGUUCGAUAUUUCCCAAGCCAUGAUCAGGCAUCUCUGGCAUGGAAGAGGUCAUAUUUUGUACUUGGGCUGUCCAUGUUUGCUGUUUUUGGCAGCAUCCACUUUGGCUUCCCUGGAUCAGGAGGGCUCUGCACAUUAGUCUUAGCUUUUGUUGCAGGUGUGGGAUGGUCUGAUGAAAAGAGAGAAGUUGAAAAAAUUGUCGCAGUUGCAUGGAAUAUCUUUCAACCUUUUCUUUUUGGGUUAAUUGGAGCAGAAGUAUCUGUUACAUCUCUUAGGCCUGAAACUGUUGGGCUCUGCAUUGCUACAUUAGGCAUUGCACUUGUCGUGCGAAUCAUAGCAACGUUCCUGAUGGUGUGUUUUGCUGGGUUUAAUUUCAAGGAGAAAGUAUUUGUCUCAUUGGCAUGGAUUCCCAAAGCCACUGUCCAGGCUGCAAUAGGUUCCCUUGCCCUGGAUACAGCAAGAAGUCACCAGGAUGAGCAACUGGAAAAGUAUGGGAUGGAUGUACUGACAGUAGCUUUCUUGGCUAUCUUGAUCACUGCUCCAAUUGGAGCCCUGGUUAUUGGCUUGGCAGGGCCCAGACUUUUGCAGAAGGCUCAGACGAAUAGCAAGGAAGAUGAGGAGGGUGCUGAGGUUGGAGAAGAAGCAGAGGCCUGUGAACCUUCGUAA